AUGUGCACCUUCUUCGGCGAGCUGGCUUUCCAAACUCCAGGGUCCUUGCCAGAGUUCUUGAAGCGCUCCGCGGAGGUGGUCAUUCGGGACGACACCUGCUGGCAGACGGUCUCUGCAAAGUGGAAGGAGCUGGAAGAACUCACUGGCUCGGGUACUUGCCGCAGCCAAUGUCGAGCAAAGAGGGGUUGCGCCGCCUACCAGCUCAGGGGCUCCAAAUGCUUUGCCGUGCGCCGCAUGUCUGCGGCCGCAUGUCCACAGACUUGUCAGGGCUGUGGCCCGGGCACUUGCACCAGCUACUGCACCAACGGGGAAUGUGCCACGCCGCCAGAUUGGACCCAGUCGGUAGACUGCACUGGCUGCGCUAGUCCGGAUUUUACGAGCGCCUUUGUACGGAUCAACGACUGCGACGCCCAGUCGAGCUGCCUCUCACUCACCAAACUGGGUGCUGGAGCUGCUUUCAUCGAGGGCGAGUAUUGUCCGGCGGCAGACGGCGAGCGCGACGGACUGCUGCCCUACUAUGCCAAGGUCGGGGAGGUCCCAGCAGCCACUUUGUACCUUGCGAAGUGGAUUCCUGAGCGGGAGCUUCACAAUCCAUGCCCUUCUGGAACAGCAUGGGUUGUCCGCCGCAGCAGUGUCGCGGACUUCUUCAAAGGUGAGUACCUAGAACUCCGCGGGGAGGCUCUCGCCUGCUUCGGCCAAGCGGCCCUGGGUGCAAGUGUCGACAGCGGCUCUUGGAGCAUUGGCGACAGCGUUCUGGACGAGAUCUCCUCGAAGAUGAGUGUGACGAUUUUGGAUGCCGGCUAUGUGGCGAAGCACCCCAGCGAGUCGUCCAGCGAAGUCCGCAUCUCACCCGUGGCACGGACUUGUGGCAACCCUCUUGACCAGCGCGAGAGCGGGAAGACCAAGGGUGACGAGGACACUGGUGACGGUUUCGAGUUCAAUGAUCUCGAUAGCCCACUCGGCGAACGCCGGUUCUAUGCUUUGUCACCCUGUGAGUGCUUCGGUGGUGAGUAUGGCGCCGCAGCUCCUGUGAGCGACACCACGUACUCGACGAUGCCACCGGGCAGCAACAACAAGUACAUUCCAGCCAGUACCAUGAUUGUCUCUGGCAGCUUGUCUUGCGAGCCGGGGAAGCUUCUGAAGACUCUGGUCGACGUCGGAGCAGAGGGCUGUGAGAUGGCGUGCCGGAGUGGUGAUCACACAAGUGGAGGUGCCGAGUGCGAUUUCUACUUCACUGGAACCUACACAGACACAACAGUACAAGAGGUGAACAGCCAGGGAGAGCUGUACGGUGUGUCGAAAGCGGAGGCAUGUCUUGUGGCAGAUGCUUGGUUGCACAAGGAUCCGGAAGCCUGCAGGGCACACAAGCGCGAGAAGUGGCUGGCGGGUGAGAUGGAUCCAGUCGGCGAUUGCCUUUUCGAAGACCUUCUUUCGCAGUGCGACAGUUCGCUGAUUCACGGAGGUCAUGGCAUCUCCGAAUGUGGCAGCUGCACCCACAUGAAUGAAAGCGCCAAGGUGGUGGGACUCUCCAAGCUGAAGCGUCCCCUCCCGGAGAGUUUCGCAGCAGGCUCGAUGCUGUCAGUCAGCUGCGGUACGCGGUUUGCUGGCCUCAAUCGCUUCGGCAAUGAGCCGCUCUCAGAGCAGCAGAUCGUUUGCCAGGAUGGAUCCUGGGUAGACCCCCAUGGAGGUCCGGGGCUCCUGGCCCUGCAGUGUGUGGCCUGCACGCGCGCCACACCGAGGGCGGGGAGCAGCCUGCGAGAUUUCAUGGCGGCUUCCCAGCAGGAUCCUGGAUUCCAACAUAGGGAGAGAUGGUGGCUUCAGCACCAUCCGGUCGAGAUCCGCUCAUGGAACAAUCUUUGCUUGAGCAGCGAGAUUCAGAGCGACAGUUCGGUAACGAUCAGCUUCACGGAUCCUGUGGACAUUGCCGUGUCUUCCCGUCGCCGCAACAUCGACAGUGGCGGGCGCCAUGUCUCGGUCAUCCCCACAACGUUUUGGGGCAGCGGCUACUCCUACGGCUGGACUGGCGAAUCAGGAACCUGCGCCUUUGACCAGCGGGCCGAAGUUUCAGGCAGCUAUGCCUUGAGCUGGUCGAUGAACGGCAAUUCCCAGAAGAUAGAGGCCCGGCAGCACAACAUCAGCCCCAACGGAAGCGCCAACAUGUGCACCAACACAGCCGCCGUCGACAGCGCCAACAGCAUCAUAAGCAAGUUACAAGUUCAGGGCGAUGCCGGGCCUACGGUGCCUCCGGUAUGGGUGCCAACGUUCGUGUCUGAGCCUCGAGUCGCUUUGGGCAUGAUUCCCUGGUUUGCCGAUGGUCUGCAUAGCAUGAGAGGAGUGAUGAGCACGUCUUACGACUCAAGCCACAUCCCGGGAAAAAAAUCCUCUGAGGAGCAGAUCCGAAGGAGACUCUUGGUCAGAGGUGGCCGGAUGUGGGGCCAGUGGCUACGUGGCGGCCGCAUGGCGAACAACUGGCCCACCGCAUUCGGUCUCAGCCGCCUCUCCAACAAGGGCGACAAUGAAAAGACGAGAAUUUGCCCUGAAGGCACCUGGCUGAAGCGCAUGGAAGUUUGCUCGGGAAACAAAUGGGACGGUAUGUACUAUGGCUCAUGCACGAACGGUCAAGUCAUGCACACGCAGAACGAUGCGUGCGAUCGACGAAGACGGCGUGGCAAUAGAAGAAGAGAGAAUGAGGGACGCCGUCGCCAGACCCAGAUGGACAAGGCCUCUGGGGCGCGGCGCGUGUAUGGCCGGGCCGGAAGCAACGUGGACAAGGUCUGCAUUGACGGUGGGUACUGCCGCGGCAACACGGACUCGAACGCAUUCGACCACACCUGCGGGGCGAACGCUCUCUUGGCGGGAUUCAAGGAGUACGACCGCCGCAGGAGCAUUCGGUUCAUGUGUCGUGAAGUGCGGCCAGUUGUGAAAGCUUUCGACUGCACCGAUAGCGGAUGCAGGGCGAUGUGUGCAAAUGACAACUGCAAGAUCAAGCCUUUCUGCGUGAAAGCCCACCCCAACAUUGUGGAGAGCGGAACUGAGGCCACGUCUACGGGUGGAGGUGCUUGGUCCGGCUGGUCCACCUGCCCAUCGCGCUAUUCUGCGGCGGGGCUCCGAUACAUGGAGCUGAUAGGGAGCGUGGUUGAUGCCGACGUGUCAAGCUUGGAUGGCCUGGAGUGCGUCGGCAACAAAUGCCGAGCGAAGAGCCCCCGGAAAGCGGUGAAGAUCAGAGCCGCAUGCGUAAAGCUCAUAAGUACGCUGAUGGGCACGCCGAGGGAGAAGACGGGCACCGGUUGGUCGGCGUACUCGACUUGCCCAACUGGCUACAACGCAAUCGGCGUGGCCAAGGCCUACAUGAAUGGUGGUUGGGAUACGAUGCGCAUCUGGGAUUGCAGCACAUCCCAGAAUGGGUGUCGCAUCUACUGCGUCGGAACGGACAAGUGCACCAUUAACACCGCCUGUAUCUCCGCCCAAACCUUCGCAAGGGCAGAGUGCUCCCAGGAUCACAAGAACCUGAUUGUGAGAAGCACCACUGGCACUGGGAACCGACAACCAAGCAGCUGUCCCUCAACGCAUAACAGUGUCCGAUGCCUCUGUUACUCCGGGACGCAAAACAAGUGCCCAGAGAGCCGUCGACGGAAUGUAGGUACUCUCGGUGGCUGCUCGCACAACUUCGGCUCGGCUACAGGCAGAGUGACACGGCUGUGCACGCAAGCUGAAGCUUCCAUCCGCUAUUACCUGGGAGACCAGGCCUCCCACAUCAUAGAUGACGUGACGGCUGCCUACACCACGCAGACGCACAAAUUCACGGCUGAUGGCUCAGGAAAGCUCGGGCUGAGGGUCCGCGGAUUGUCGCGAAGUGGUGUAACCCUUCAUGUAAAAGAUCUGAAGAUAGAAGAUUCGACAACGUCUACGAGUGAUCAAAGCUUGCUGAUCGACUUGGAAAACAAAUGCUCCGGGUCGCGCUGGGAAGUUCAGCUUCCAGCAAGCCCUGAAGGGACUCCGUAUCUGGUGACCGUGACUUACGGAGACAAGAGGACAGCAAUUCUGACUUCCUCCUGCUCUGUUGGCACGGCUGGACAGAUGAUCAGUGCCAAGGCAAGCCCUGAAACGGUCCCCAAAGGCUCCAGCAAGAGCGUGACGCGGACGGUGUUCGUCCAUGGUGGCAGCGACGGGAAAGGAAAGCUGGUGUUUGCUGGUGAGUCUACCGGUGGCUGCACCGGCGUGAAGACCAUAAGUGCCCAGCGAGAGGAUUCCGUGUUCUGGUCAUCCUGCGGCGAGCCUUUCAGUCAGGUCUGGAACUUCAAGGCUUCCAACCAGGCACCUGGAAACAUCCAGCUCGUGCACCGUGCGCGGGCGGCGUCCGGAGCAAAUGCAGCUGCCUGUGUCGAUCCGGCCACUGGCAAGAUGGCAAUGUGCGAAACGAGCGUUGAAGCGCAUGCCAAGCAGGUGUUCUCGUUGCACUACUUGCCGCCCCUGGUCGCGCAAUGGACCCAUUUCGAGUCCGGGCAGAACUUGCAAUCGGGCUCUUGCGUCCGAGCCAAUGCGAAGUAUUUACCGAACUUGGACAUCAACAAUAACCUGGUGUCCUGUGGUGAUGGACAGGUGCUGAGCUCCUUCCUCUUCCGCCAAGACAGCACUUGCAAUCAUCAUGACUACUACCGCUACUUCUACAGCUGCACCACCAUCAUACCGGUGACGCAGACCGCCUCUUGUUCACAGAAGUCCACUCGCUGCGUAGCCCACAGCAAAUCAGACCCUCACAUUUGGGAGCUGGAUCGUCACGACGUCGGAGCCCACUGCGAUCCAGGCACACUUCUGACACAGUUCGCCUAUACUGACUGCACUGGCGAUGAUGGAAGUGGGUACAAGUACACCUACACAUGCUGUCCGGCACAAGGUCUCGGCGAGUGUCAGGAGAUUAACACCGAGUGGGGCGAGGUUGGUGCAUUAAGCGACCUUACUGCGCUUCAACACCAUCAGCUGCAGUGCCCUCAGGACCACGGCUUGAAACGCUUCCUUCUGGAGGCCCAGGUCCCGGAAGUCGCUGAGGGAGAGACACUACAAGGAGAGGUUCGUUAUACCUUUGUGUGCUGCCGGCUUCCUCUUGCACCGCCCGUGAGCGUGCGCACGGGCCCUCUGGUCGCGACGGAGGCGGAGCCCUGGCAGGGGACCUACUGCCCGGCGGGGCGCGUGGAGGGCCGACCGAACUUUCAGAAGAGAUCGGGCUCAUUUCCACAGUACUCCAUCGAGGUUGGAAAGACAUGUGGCUAUUGUGGCACCUCGAACCAUGCGUUCAUCAACAACGGAGAGCGAUAUGCGGUUACCACUCCAGCUCACAUCGGAACCCAUUGUGGAUCUAUCUGCUCGGCAAGCAAGGAGUGCGGCGGCUUCAUGUUCGACGGGAGCAACGGCCACUGCUGGUUCCGGAAAGACCCGACGUGCAACGUCGAGGCCGCAACAACCCGUCAAUGCUGGACCAAGGUGGACGGCUCGUCAAUGACACUAGGAUUCGACCGCCUAGAAGGAACCUGGUGUUUGCAGCCAAAGGAUGGCCAGCAGCAGUGUUCAUCGGUUGCAGAUGUCUUGCAUCCUGCUGAUCUCAGCGCUCAGUCGCUGGUUGGAGUGGACUACACACCGUUAACACCCAUGGAAACCGACUUCGAAGGGAGCGGCUCUAUGGAAGUGUCUAGAGACAUCAUGGCACAGAGUUUGCUCGGGACCUCCAGCAGCGUUUCCCGUGUCGGCACCGGUGGUGGCCUAGGAAACAAGAAGUUCAAGAGCUUGCCGAAGAUCCCGAAGGCGAAGUUUGAAAUGACGAAGUUCGAGAAGGCAGAGUUCAAGCCCUUCGAAGGUGAGCGGCAGGAACUUGAGCGCCGAAGCGUCACUGACACGGUGCUGAACUGGGCACCGGAGGGGGUGAGCUAUGCGCCGCACUGCUUGGCCCGUGAAAGCCGUGAGAUGAUCACAGGUGCGGAGCCAGUGGAAGGUGACCACUACCUCAGUGUGGAAGAGCGGCAGAAGGAUGUCGUCGGCGCUUGCUACCAUGCUCUGGGUGUAGACAGCAGUGGGGCCUCCGCUGCUGAGACCUGGGGUGAGGAGGGAACGCCCGGGAAGAAGGACACAGAUUGGCAAGAUCUCUACAUCUUCGAUGCGAAUCCCACUUUUCCGGGGCUGACCGCGGAUGCUGUUUGGGACUGUAGCUCCCGCGACAUCAAUCGCAACUACAAAAUGGCGAUGUGGGAAAGGGUGGCGCAGAUGAGGACGGAAAUGCUCGAGAACUGGGGUGAGCCCGCCUCCGAAGGAAUUUGUUCCGCCAUUCCUGGUGCUCUGACUUUGGCAGGAGCCAUUGCCGCCUAUGCUGGGGUGAAAUACGAGAUGCAAGCCGUUUGCGAGGCUAUUGCCGCCGGAGUGCGGGGUGGUGCCCUAUAUGCCAUUGCCAAGCGGCAGGACUAUCGCGAAAAGCGAAUGAUUAUCAGUGACUACGCAGACUGCAACCCACUUCAGAAUACCAUGGCCAAAGUCUAUUGCGAUCUUAGCUGUGUGGAGGACGCCGUCAAGAGAGGCGAUGCACAGAUUCUCUCAUCCAUCGGGACGCUGAAUCGCAACAUUCUCUCGGAGAUGAAGGCGUUCUUCGACCACUACGUGUCUGAGAUCUUCACCCGCCUCACCCACAUAGAGGAUAAGUCCUCUCACGAGUCGAGCCAGCUGAAACAGGCGCUGGAUACCUAUGCGAAGGCAGAGAUCGGUGCAGUGAACUCCAAUGGAAAGCAGAUCAUCGGUGCAAUGAAUAAGCAGCACAGCGCGAUGAACAAGAACCUUGGGACGGCUGCCAAGCAGAUCUUUGACUUGACUCACGAAGAGCACAAGGUUCUUGCAGAAAAGAUUGAUGGUGUAAACACGAACUUGGCCGCCACGUCGGAUGCCAUCGACAAGCUGGAGGAGUCCACACAGCGUCGAUUCAGCGAUGCCUUCGACGAGUUUGCCGACGCGCUCACGGAAAGUAAUCUUCUGGACGUGGAUCUGCAUCGAUCUGCACGUUCGGCUCUUGACGAUUUCGAGAAGUGGCACCAGGACUCUAUGCACCGAAUAGGCCGCGGAAACCUGCAGAAGAUUGAGCAGGCAAUGCGCGCGCUUCAUGGGCGCAUGGAAACUACACGCAAGCAGGGCCUUGCGGGCAACCAGACUUUGGUGCAGAAGCGUGAGGUCUUCGCUUCCUUGCAGAAAGAUGCGAACUCCACGCUGCACCAGCUCUUCCAGAUGCAGGGGGCUUCCGACGAGAGCGCCCCAGCAGUGGUGGACCAGGAGAUCAAAAAGCUCCUGAAGGCAGCUCACACCUCGAUUCAAAGUCACCACUUGGCUGCUGAGCGCAUGGGCCGGCGGAUGCAAACGAUGCAGCGAUCAGACUACAACCGGUCAUUGUCUUCGGCGAGGUUCUCGUGUUCGUUCAGGGUGUGGGAGUGUGUGUGUGUGUGUGUGUCUAUGUUUGUGUGCAUAUGUAUAUAG